AUGCACGUAACUUCCAUCAACACGUGCGAAGAUUCCAUUGUUUCUGAAUUUCUGUCCAAGUCAACAUUGAUCAACCUCAACCAACAGCACAACCUCGAAGCCUUACAGUAUAUCGUAUCCCCAGACGCGGUGGCUGGGACGAGCCAGCCGAUCGCCGACAACGCCACGAUCGCGGCGGAGAACGAGAUGGAGACCGGGCUCGGGACCGCUACCGGAGAGACGACCGGAGUGACCGGGGCGAUCGUAACCGUCGCUACAGAUCAAGAUCACGAGAGAGACAGGACAGGGAUAGACCGCGGUCGCGCGAUCGGUACCGCGGCCGUGACGUUCGCGACAGGCCAAGCGGCGAUAGGAACAGGAGAGAUCGAGAACGGGAUACCAGGGAUCGGAAAGGGGGGGCUGAAGAUGUACGACGUCGGAGAGACGAGGAUGGGGAUGACAUCGAAUUACCGCACAGGCGACGAGACGACGAGGAUUUUGCCCCGCAAAAGAACGAAAGCUAACCCCAUCUUCUUCCCUCCAGACCCCCGAGACCGCCGCCGCUCCGCCUCCCCGCGCCAACCCACGGCCAGCCCACCACCAGCACACGCACAACCACCCACCGCCCACCGGCCAGGAUCGCGCCAAGAAACCACCGAAUCCCUCCCGACGCGCGUGCGAAGCGGCAGCGAAAACCCCCGAAAGGAGUCCCACGCCACCAUGUCGUUCAAGGUGGGCGGACGGCACGACUCGCCGUACGCCGCGGACAGCGGGCGCAGCAGCGAGCGGCCCGACAGCGGGCACGGGUCGCCCAUGGAGGAAGACCGCAGGCGGGGCGGUAGGGGGAGGGGGAGGGGCGAGAGCGAGGGCCGUGGUCGCGAUGACGGUGGAGACAGUGGUGGCGACGACGACGUGGAUGUCGAAGUGGAUGGUGACGAAGAUGCCAUGGCCAUGGCUGCUAUGAUGGGUUUUGGCGGCUUUGGGACCACCAAGGGGAAGAAGAUCGUGGGGAACAAUGUCGGCGGUGUCAGGAAGGAGAAGAAGUCCGAGUACCGACAGUAUAUGAACCGUCAGGGCGGAUUCAAUAGGCCUCUUAGUCCGACGAGGUAGACAAACGAGGGAAAUAACAAACUGGCUGGAGAGGAAACGAACAGGGUAUUACAGCGAUUAAUGGUUUUGGGCGCUGGGAGGCCUUACAUACCAUAUACGUAGUGUGUAAUUAUAAACUUAUAGCAAGCGGUCCCAUUUU